AUGCCUCUGAGUGACACUACCGCCGAUACUAAUCCGAGUAGUCUUGCCUGCGCCGUUACAGGAACGGGUGCUGAGCCCGCAUUGUCUGAGCGCGCAGCUCGAACCGAGAUUCCAUCGAGGAGCUAUCCAAAAGGGCGUUCAGCCCGUUACACAAUAGAAUAG